AUGACCCGAGCAGUACUGAGAGAACGGAUGCCAAUAGAGGAUCAUGUCAGCCCCGAAAUCCGGAGUUUUGUGGACCUCAACGAUGAUGUUCUAUCGCUUAUAUUCGAGCUUUUGAACCAUAAGGAGCGGUUAAAAGUUGCAGGACUGUCUCGACGUCUACGGGAUGUACUACUCCCUCGUAUCUUUCGGGGAAUCCAGUGGGCCUCGGGUAUCCAGGACUUUCCUCCCAGAAAGUUAUGGCCGAUCGUUCAGGUCUUCACCCUCUCUGGGGCUGGUAUGGAAGAAUAUACGCCCGAAAUACGGCAAGACAUUGCUGAUCGGCUUCUCAACGCCUUUCCAUCCAUGAAGCUUCUUCAUACAUUCAUAUUCACGCACCAUAUGACGGGGGGGAUGUGGCCGGAAUUAGUAGCGUCGUUUUCGACUCUGUCUAAACCAUGCGACCUGAUGAUUGACUCAAGCUGGGCUCCAGGCACUCAAGAAGACCCCAUUGCACUGGAGCCAACAACGCCACCGUUGCGUUUGUCCGGAAUUUCUUAUCCCUUUCCACUCCUUCCCGACGAUGACGGCUUGAUUAUGCUUCGCCGCACACCACGCCUAUUCGACUACGAGUUGGCCAAUUUGCGCGCUGUCUUGACGGCUGGCUCCGAAACUUUGUUGGCAGUCGACAUACCGGGUGAAUUCAUUUCGGCCCUCCUCGGAACACGAUGGGAUUCAUUAACCUACCUGCAUCUGUAUGGAUUCUGGCCACUAUUCCAAGAUUUCACUCUGCUAUCAGUUGAGACAGAAUUAUCGAGCAUGCCUGUCCCGUCUACGCCUUUACCAGCGGCCGUUCCCAUCCUAGAACCGACAAUAUCGAGCUCUGAUGAUAAUGCGAAAGCCCAAGAGCACUCGACACCAACCCGACCUCCAGAAGCACCGGUCACUACAUUCUCCGACUCUGAUGUGGGACUUUCCGCUCCAUUGAAGAGUGUUACUGAAACAGCGAGCCCCAGCGACGCAGGUACUUCAUCACCAACACCGGGUGCGAAGUCCCUCCCCCAAGAAAUAUCGCUAGAUACUUCAACGACUCCGACUCGACAACGUCUUCCCAUCUUGUCUGUGUUGAGGAGUAUACCUAACUUACGCGUCCUUAUUAUGAAGCUCCUGCAUCAUACUAACGACGAGCGGCCUGUUGGAGCAAUAAUCUGUGACCAAGAAGCCUCUUCCUCAUCCGACCCAUUACUUCCCCAUCUCCUCGAGUUCACCGCAACUUCCCUUUCUAAUGAUGAUCGAACGGUUGCCCUCCUUCCAAGCACUUUGGAAGUCUUAUCCUUGCAAAAAUAUCCAAGAACUAUGGAGCGCGGCACCCUCCGAGCAAUGCCUACUCCCUCAGGUAUUCUUGCAAUGCUACAGUCCGCUUCAUUCCCCGGGCUUGACACACUCCACUUGUGGUAUUUCGUACAAUCGCCGGAGGAACUGGAUUCAGAAAAGACGUUGUUAGAUUCUAUUCCCACAAUGUUCCCGCUUCUGCGAGAUUUGGAACUCUGUAGACGGUGGGAUCACGACGCUGACUCGCUCAAAGGGCUUUGGGAUCCGUCGCCUCGUUUUCAAAAACUCGCAUCAGAGCUCAAGCAUCUUAAAUUUGUCAUGCUGGAUGCUGCUCCCCCGGAGCAACAUAACAAGCCGCCUGUGCAGCGGUCGACGCGAGAGUUUCGCGAAGCGAUGGUCAGCCUCUAUGGGAUUGCGCUGGCCGUCGUACGGGAGGCCCCUUGGAUUCAGAAUAUUGGCAUGUACCGCGCCUACGGUGUGGACCCUGAUAUGUUCUGGGAGUAUUGGGAUGUCGUUGUUUCAGAGGGCACGGCUGGGCUUGAUCGUCCUCCGCCACUAAUAACUGAUUCUCCACAUUACCCUGAUCCCAUAUAA